UAACGCGAGACGUACUUAAAAUACACUACUUAUUUAACCUGAUCUAUGAGAAAGUGUUAUUAUGUAAAUAUACGUGAACUAAAAACGUUUGAUUACAUAAACCGAAAAUAGACUCGUCUCUUAAUGUAAGACACAGGAAUAACUGAUAAAUAAUAAUACUAGAAUUAUCAAUAGUUAUCUCAAUCAAGUAAUUUAAAAUCCUUAUGGAGAAAAUAUACGAAGUGUGUGAACUGACUCUAUUCUAAUGGUUAUUAUGAAAAUACAUUAGUGAUCUUAUAAAGUGAUUAAUAAGAUAGUUUGCUCUUAAGUAUGUUGUCGUUAGAGGAUGUGAACUCAAAGGGAAAGAAAGGAAAGGUGGCGAUAACUCCGCCAUCGUCUCCCCUGGAAUUCAGCUCGUUCGGUGCCGCCAACCCCAAUGGUUACAAUAACGACGCGUAUGCCCCGUCGCCCCGCCCAGUAUCGACCGCAAGCGGGAGAGACGUGGAUACCGAAAUCGACGGACAUUUUAAAUUCUUAGAAAACGUGAGUCCUGAUAACAAAUACGUGUUUACAAUAGCUUCUCCAAACAGAGAAAGUGUAGCUAGUGGGAAAUCAAGUACUAUUCGCUCAAACGCCAGUGGCGCCAAAUCGCCAACUUCGACUUUAAAUACCCGAGGAAGUUCCUUUCCGGAGGAUAAAUAUAAAUGGAACGAGUCCGGAGAUUUUGCAGACGGUGCAGCGAGAUCAUCUGUCAAGUCGGUGCCGAAAACAAACUCUCGCAAGACAUGUGCUAUUGUGGCUGUGAUACUUCUUGUAUGUGCUAUUGUUGCCGCGGUUAUUGUGAUAUUACUACUGGUCGUCUUCGACGUGGAUGGUUCGGAUAAAGAUGGACCCACCACGACGUCACCGCAGCUGCUCGUGCUUGAAGGGAAGCUAGCUAUCAACCGGACCUGGAUGGAGGAUCUAUCGGACCGGAAGUCACUGAUUUACCAGGAAACGACCGCAAAUUUCACUGCCGAGAUGGAUAUACUCUUGAAAAACAGUUCGUUUAGAGACGCGUACGAACGGACGGAAGUCAUCGGGUUCAGGUCAGGCAGCGUCAUAGUUGAUUUCCGGAUCAUCAGCAACAGUCGCUACAGAGCGGUAGCAGAUACUUCCGCCGAGUACGCGACCUUGGUGGAAAGGCACAUCAAGCAGUCAAUCAAUUUGACGUCACUUCCUGUCAUCAAUGGCUCCAUUACCUUGAAAGCUGUCGAUGCAUCAUCCACUGUGCUAUCCACGCCAUCGUCAUCCUUGUCAACAACAGCGGCAACUACGACUACAGUAAUACGUUCUACUACAAUGUCGGUAUCGUCAACUAUUACGCCGACCCAUACAUCGUUAACAUCGUCAGCAUAUUCAAUAUCCACGGACAUAAUACAAUCAUCGUUUACAGAUCCAGUUGCAUCCACAACAGCAUCAACAAUAUAUUCUAACUCAUCAUCAUUAUCACCAUCUGAAUCAUCGACGCCGUUACCAACAACAAUGACAACAUCAUCCUAUUCAUCAUUGCAAACACCAACAACGGUAACAUCCUCGGUUUCUAUGUCAUCGACAUCGACCAUAACGUCACUUAUUUCUACGAUGACAUCAACCACUAUUUCCCCGGCGUCUACUUUAACAACUAGUACAACGUCAACGGUCACUACUCCACAACCAACAACAGAAGCACCGGAUUUUCCACCAAACGCCGAUGCCGGACCAAACGUUACGAUUCAACUUCCUUUAGAUUCACUGGCUUUAAACGGCAGCAACAGUAGCGACGAUCGUGCUAUCGUAUCCUACAAAUGGCGUUUGGUAUUUCCUAUGUCGUCAAACGUUGUCCUAAGUAACGACAAAUCUCCAGUUGCCAAGGUGUCCAAUUUAAGUGCCGGGGAUUUCGUGUUUGAACUGACAGUGACUGAUUCGAAGCUUCAAUCCUCGAGUGACAACGUGACGAUCACAAUUUUACCUGAAUUAUGUGAGCAAGUUUCCUUUACCGAAUGUCGCUCUCGCGGUUUCACGAGUACAACGUUUCCCAACUUUGUCUACCAAUACAACGCCACCGCAGCAGCAACGUCAUUCAACGUAGUGGCGCGUGACGUCAUCAGCCAGGUAUGCAGGGAGGCGACGCUGACGUACCUGUGUUCGCUCUACUUCCCAAAGUGUGACCCAAGCACUGGAAAACUUGCAUUUCCCUGUGCAAGUUUGUGCAAUGAGGCCGUGUCCACAUGUGGUGACCACUUUGUCAACCCAUUGUCCUGCGGAACGUUUCAAGAUACGGAUUGUGUGGGCCUGCCGAGUACCACAACCGCCCCUGUCACUACACAAAUACCAGAUAAGUGCGAAUCCACUCAGGUCGAAGAAUGCAAAGCAUUGGGUUUUAACAAGACAGCGUUCCCGAAUCAUUUUGGUGAAAAUCAAACAUCAGCUUUAGAGUCUUUUGAGAUGAUUCGGUCAACCGUGAACAUGUCUUGUCAUGCCGACGUCCUGUUUCUAGUCUGCAGUCUUCAUAUCCCAGUUUGCGUGAAUAACAAGAUUGUACCACCGUGUCGAAGAUUCUGUGAAGACGUGAGGAGUCAUUGUACCGAGCUGGAGGCGUUUUACGACUGCUCGUCCUAUCCCGACAUUGACUGCUCCCUCCCACCGCAACCUGCAGCCAAUUGCCCAGCGGACAAGUUUUCAUGUGGUAGUAUACAGAAAUGCGUCCUCCGCAACCUGCUGUGCGAUGGACAGAAUGACUGUGGUGAUUGGUCGGACGAAAUGGACUGCACAUGUAACGAGCACCAGUUCCAAUGCCGCAUGGGGAUGUGUAUCAAGUCAUACCAGCGUUGUGACAACACCACCCAGUGUCCGGACGGCAGCGAUGAAGAGAACUGCAAAGGUUGCACCAAUGGUCAAGUUGCAUGCCCUAGCGGUACAUGUAUCAUGUCCGAAUGGUUGUGUGACGGGGAGGCCGAGUGCGAAGAUGGUUGGGACGAGAUCAAUUGUGACGCAUGCUUACAAAACCAGUUUAACUGCGCAGACCGGAACAGGACGUGUAUAGAUCUGAGCCUGCGCUGUAAUGGCAAUCCAGAUUGCCCGAAUGCAUUUGAUGAAUUCCAAUGCAUUAGUGACAAGUAUGGAAUGUUGCAACUUCCGAUUCGCAAGACGUCACUUCCGGUGUGCGCAUACACGUGGGAUGACUCAUACGGUGACCACACUUGUCGUCUGCUAGGACACGGAUCGUACAUCAACAAGACGGAUAUCGUUUCGAAUUUGGCUGUUUUGCUAAACAUGACGCAACAGACGCAUGGGGUUUCGCUACCGUCUGUACUAGGUCCAGUAGAGCUUACGUCUACAUGCCCAUACAACACAGCCGUAAAAUUAAAUUGUCAGCCGAGAGAAUGCGGUAAACGGCAGGUGACCACGCAGAGUUUCAUCGUGGGUGGAGAGGACGCCGCUCCAGGGGCCUGGCCGUGGCAGGUGGCGCUGCACUUCUUCGGGAGCUACUUCUGCGGGGGGUCUCUUAUCACCCCGGAGUUUGUGUUGACAGCUGCGCACUGCGUCGAGAAGUACCGAAACCAGCCCGGGGAUCUCACGGUGUGGCUGGGAGCCAAUAACCGCGCAAUAGCGGAAGUGACGCGAAAAGUCAUAUCAGUGAAGGAGGUCCAGUCACAUGAGAAUCAUGUGUGGUUUGAAAGCAAUGACAUCGCAAUUUUACAACUUGACAAACCUGUGACGUACACGCCCUACAUCCAGCCAAUAUGUCUACCGGAAGCUGAAGAGCACGUGCCCUUGUAUUCCACGUGCUUUACUGUUGGAUGGGGAUGGGAGAAAUGGGAGGGUAAGUUCCGACAGGUCCUGCAGCAGUUGAAGAUGACGUUGUGGGACCAGGAAAAGUGUAAUAGCUCGCUGGCCUGGGCAGGCAAGGUGUCCGGCACGACCAUAUGUGCCGGGUACUACUCGGGCGUAAAGAGUAUAUGCAGGGGUGACUCAGGCGGGCCACUGAUGUGCCUCGACAACACGGGCACAUGGAAGCUGCACGGGAUCGCGAGCUACGUGGCAAACAACUGCAACAUGACCGAGCGGCCCAACAUAUACACGGACGUUAAACAGUAUCUUCCGUGGAUCGAUGACAAGACAUCCUGCAAGUUUGUGUGUGACAACAAGGUAUGUCUGUACAGCAAAGAGUUCCUGUGUAACAGGGUGGACAACUGCGGGGAUAACUCGGACGAGAUCAGGCCUUGCAACUUGACGGUUGCCUGUGACUUUGAGGACAAGUUCCUGUGCGGGUACCAGUACAAGGGAUGGGCGCUGGGGCAGGACAACAAGCUAUCCAUCAAGGCGGGCCUUGGGCCACAGGCCUAUACCCAGUCCAGCGUACCGCAGUAUGACCACACACUCGGGCGAUAUCCGGGUCAUUUCUUCUACGGGAAGCUGGCUGGGUUCACGGACGGGGAGCUGCUCUCCCCGCGGUUCCAGGUGGCUCUACAGAACUGUAUCCGGUUCUCGUUCUACCUGAGAAACGAGAUCUUGGUUGGACUGAGGGUCUACACGUUUGCAUAUUUAAAGGGCAGCACAAACUACACGUAUUCUCGGAAGUGGCCCGUGUCGCCCAUAUCUCGGGUCGGUCGGGACGAGUGGCGGACGGGCUAUUUCGAUCUGUCUCUAGGGGAAUACCAGUUGCAGUUUCUGGCGGGCGACAUCUUGCGGACCGCCAUUGAUGACGUUCAGAUACUUCCGGGCGCAUGUAGCCAGUCACUAUGUGGAGCGGACGAGUUCCGAUGUGUGAGCUCCGAACCCGGACUUGACACGUGUAUUCCCCGCGCCUCCAGGUGUAACAAGGUGUUAGAUUGCUUCCUGGGACAAGACGAAGACGGUUGUACUGGCUCCGUCACCAACUACACGUGCACGUUUGAGAACGGAAACCAGUGCGGACUUCGACAGGAAGUAGAGGACGGGACGGACUGGUGGCUGGUCCCCGCUUCCUUUGUACGGCAGGACGUUGACAACAGUAACUUUACGGACCUUACGUCGGGAACCAGAGAUGGUAACGUGUUUUACAUGAACAACUACGGUAUCCAAUCCGGCGAGAGUGUGCUGAUGAGACAGAGGUUCCGGCUCGCAAACCAGUCCCACUGCUUUAACUUCCGGUAUCAGAUGGAGGUCAACGCGGAGUUCAGAGUUCAGAUCGAGUGUGACGGAUGUAGCAGUACAACUCACACCGUGUAUCAGUCCUUCGAGAGCGUAUGGGCCUUGUUUCAAGCGUCUAUUCCGGGUUCAGAUUACGUUAACGUCACUUAUGACGUCAGAGGCAUUGACCAAGGGUACCUAAGCAAAAAGUUCAUCGCAAUGGAUGACGUCACACUGAGACUAGGAUCAUGUCCAGAAUAUAAUUGCCCUUCAAACUACGUCAAAUGCAGGACAACGGACGCCUGUUUCCCGAAACCGGCGGUGUGUGACAGGACUGUGCACUGUGCCGACGAAUACGACGAGGAAAAUUGUACGUGCACCAGGACGGAGUUCCGGUGCGACAGUGGCCGGUGUCUGCCUCUUUCCCAGCAAUGUGACGGAACACCCCAAUGCAUGGACCGAUCUGACGAGGACGAGCGCUGUGACGCCUUGGCUACCGUUAGUUGCACGUUUGAGCAUCAGUUUAUGUGCGGGUACGAGUUCGUUCAGCACACGGCGUACAAGUGGGGCGUGAACAGUGGGCCAACUCCCUCCGCCACCACUGGGCCGAUAAAUGACCACACCUUCAAAAACCGGACGGGUCGUUACCUUUACGCUGAGGCGGGGCUAGGAUCCCGUGGUGACAACGCCUCUGUUGUGUCCCCUUUGUUCAACACCACAUCGGAUCAGAGUUUAAGAUUUUACUACCACAUCUACUCCGAGGACCCACUGCUUGCACAGGCGGGGGUAUUGCUUGUCUCUAUAAUUUUAAAUACAACGGGGGAAAAUGUUACCUCUUGGCAGAGUGACCCACUUGACCUUAAUAAGGAACAGUGGCGAUUGGCCUGUUUAGAUCUUCCGAGAAAUACGUCACUGAAAGUUGUGUUUACGUCACUGCGGACGGAAGUGGGUAUUACUGGCACAAGCGUCAAUGGUGUGGAUAUCGCUAUUGAUGAUGUUCAGUUAACGAAUUAUUCAUGUCAAGUUACAUGCAAUCCUACAACCGAGUUUCAAUGUAACAGCGGGCAGUGCGUGCCUAAGAGCUAUAGAUGUGAUCGUGAAUCAGACUGUAGGGAUGGAUCUGACGAAGUCGGCUGUUAAUUUUUGGGAAGUGACGUCGCCACGUGAAUCAUGAUUACGCAAUAUGAGGUCACAAAGCGAACUAAUUCUAUUUCGACUAAAGCAUAGAUGGAUAGCGUUUAUUACAGUUAACUUUAUCAAUAGUUAUUAUAUGUUUUAUCUCUUAGAAGCAUUGAAUGCAAACCAGCCAAUAUAAAAGUUUGCAUUACAUUCCACGAUUAUUUUCUAUAUGUAUAUGCAUUGAUUUUUUAUCAAUGAUUUAUAUGAAAAAUAAAUUCUCUAUGAUGCUAAUACGUGGCAUUUAUUAGUGCCAAGGGUGAAUGUAUAGGACGUGUCCAUUUUGCAUUACAAUGAUUUAAAUUUGUGUUUGUCUGUGUUAAUUGCUCCGUUAUUGUUCUGUGUUAUUUAGGUUUAUAAAGCGAAAGGAUGAAGUGAUAAAUGCAUCUUAUGAUAGAUCGCUUAAUAUCUUUUUAUUCAGACUUGCCAUUUUAACAAGCUUUGUAUAUGUGUGUUUUAGCCAACAUUCAUUUAGAAUGGGCGUUCUAGUAUAAGAUUGAAAUGAUAAUGUAUUUGCUCAAUUUAUAUGUAUAUAUUUGUAAUUGUGAUAGAUACAUACAUUAACCCAUUUAUGCCAAGUGGACUCUCCCAUCCUUCUAAAUUGGAUCAAUUUAUUUCCUUAAUUAGGGAUGUCUACUAUAUUUAAUUCUAUAUUUAGAAUAGUUCUAAUAGAAAUUCCUUUGAGCAAACAGCGCAGAUCCAGAUUAGACGCCGCAUCAUGCGGCGUCUCAUAUGGGUCUACGCUGUUUGCAAAGGCCUCUUUCUAGACCUUAGGCAUAAAUGGGUUAAGUCUUUUACAACAUUCUUCAACAGUUCAAUACCGCUUCAUCAUGUUUAUAUGUGGCAUAAAUAAAUACUAACCACGUUUA